AUCUGAAUUGUAUCCACGUCCCACAAACGGCACAAACACAAAUUAGUAAUUACGCUCAUUCUGAACUCUGAAGCAAGAAGCAAUAAACGUUGUCGACGAUGAAUAACUUGGUACAGUACGUGCUGGUGCGUGGUGACUUGACCAGGAACUUGAAAUGGCCGUCCGGCGCCGUCAUGGCCCAAGCGUGUCAUGCUUGUGUCGCUGUGUUGCACACUUAUUAUUCGGAUCCGGACACGCAAGCGUAUCUAAUGGACCUCAAGAACAUGCACAAAGUCAUCUUGGAAGUACCCGACGAGACUUCCCUGUUGAGCACGGCCGCGGCGCUCGCAACGGACGGCGUGCAGCACGUCGUGUGGAAGGAACAGCCCGAAGACGUGGCCACGUGCUUGGCGCUGAAACCCUGCGCCAAGAGCGCGGUGAGCAAGUACGUGAGGAAGUUCAAGUUGUACAGCGCGUGACGUCGGUGAUAAAUAAUAACGCGUGACCCCACGUGGCGUACACGCCGAACACGCGGGUGGAGUGUAUUAUUGGCGUGAGGGGUGCGUGGGUGCUGCGGGGUGUCCGCCCGUGGGGAUCAACGGCCACCGCCAAUUGACAUCAAUCAUUUAAUUGGCCGCUUCGUGGAAUUCAAUAUAAUAAUAAUAAUAAUAAUAAUAAUAAUAAUAAUAAUACAUAUGUAAUAAAUAAACGACAAUGGUCACCUCA